CCUCGACGUUGGCCGACGUUGGCCGCUUCCCCCUUCCCUCACUUCCGCCAACAAAGAGAGCUUCAAACCCCACAUGAACGAACCACCAUCUUUUGACGGGCUUCUAACCCGCAAUCCAAUUCAAAGCAACCCCGUCGAAUGUCCUGAGCCGCAGCCUCUCCGACACUGCACCGGCUAGCGCUCCCCAACCGGACCGCCCGUCGCCGUAACAGCAGCACCGAGACCAAAGACACACGCACGACAUGAUAACCACCACAUCACCAAGCCACCGGCGCGGGACGCCGAGCACGUCCUCCACCCAGAGCCUCCUCACCCACGGCCCGAUUCAAUCCUGGAUUCGCCGCCUUCGCCCUUUACUGCCCAGCUUCGUCGCCGACGACCUCUUCCCCGAGCACCGCCCGACAUGGCGGCUGCACCCGACGUCAUACCUCGACGGCCUGCGCGGCAUCGCCGCCAUCAUCGUCUUCAUCUGCCACUACACCGAGAACAACUUCCGCCCGCUGACGAGGCCGUACGCGCCUAUCCCACCCGCCCCAGGCCCCGACCCACCCCUGGACGAGCCGCCCAUGUACGGCAGUAAGGAUCUCCCUGACUCGCUGAUCCAGCUGCCGUUUGUGAGAUGCAUCUUCUCGGGUCGGCCGAUGGUUCACAUCUUCUUCGUCAUCUCGGGUUUCGCGCUGUCAUAUAAGCCGGUGCAGGCGCUGCACGCGCGCGACACGGCAAAGUGCUACGCGGCGCUGGCGUCGUCGGCCUUCCGGCGCCCCUUCCGCCUCUUCGGCCCCUGCAUCGUCUCGACCUUUCUCAUCAUGUGCCUGCGCCAGCUCGGCUGCCUGCCGGGGGGCCAGGAGACGCUGGCCGAGGAGCUCUGGCGCUGGCGCGGCGCCGUCUUCCACCAGGUGACCUGGCCCUGGGCCUGGGAUCACGACCUGCGCCCCGCCUACGACGUGCACCUGUGGACGAUCCCGAUCGAGUUCGCACACUCGAUGCUGCUCUUCAUGGUGGUGCUGAUGCUGUCGCGCGUGCGGCUGCCGGUGCGCCUCGCGGCCGAGCUGGGCCUGAUCGGCUACUGCUUGGUCUGCGGCAAAUGGGCCGGGUUCGAGUUCCUGGCCGGCUUGUUCCUGGCCGAGAUGCACGUCCUGCGGGCCGCCAGGGCGAAGGAGUGGGAGGGGCAUGAGGAGAUGCUCCGCUCGCGAGGCUCGACGAACUGGGCCCUCAAGGCUUUUCAGGUCUUUCUCAUCGUGCUAGGCUUGUUCAUCGGCGGCUGGCCGAACCGAUUCGCAGACAGGACGCCCGGCAUUCGCUACUUCCUGGUGCUCACGCCGUCUCCGUUCGCCACGAUGGACGCCCUGGCGCCACAAAAGUUCUGGUUCGGCUUGUCAGCCGUCGCGACCGUCUGGGCCUUGGGGGAUCUUGCCCCCCUGCGGAGGUUCUUCGAAGGCCCGUUGGCGCAGUACUGCGGCCGGAUCAGCUAUGCCGUGUAUAUCUGCCACGGGCCCGUCGAGGAGCUGUUCAAGGACUGGUUCCUCGGGCACCCUCCAAUCCCGGAAUACGGGGAACCCGGGGCACCGGAUUACAAGCCGCCUCUGCCCGCAACGGGAGUCAAGGGGCUUGUCGGGUACGAAACCAUCACCCAGAUUACCGUUGGCUGGAUUUUGGGGCUCUGGCUCCUCGCACCGGUCGUUAUUUGGGCGGCAGAUCUCUUCUGGCGAGGUGUCGACAGCCCGCUUGUCAGACUUGCUAGGAAGUUGGAGAUGAUGUGCCUGCACGAGACCGAGCCGAGUCCAAGGAGCCAGGGGUACUCUGCAGCUGCGUGACGUUGAACAUUAUUCCUGCAUUCUGGCGCACUUGUCUUUUAGGUCCUUUUAAUUUCAUGUUUUUUUUCUUCCGUGGAG